AUGUCAUUUUCUGUCGCGGGCAAGCACGCCCUGGUCACUGGCGCCGGUGCUGGCAUCAACCUCGCCUUCGCCAAGCUCCUCCUCCAACGCGGCUGCUCCGUGACAAUCGGAGACAUAGGUUUACGGCCUGGCGCCGAGGAGCUUCUGCGCCAGUACCCUCAUGUUGCUGGUGAUAACAGCAAGCGGCCGGCGGCCAUCUUCCACAAGACAGACGUGUCCUCCUGGCCACAGCUCAACUCGCUCUGGGCGCGUGCAACCUCCGCAUUUCCCAGUGUCGAUAUCGUCUGCCCCGGCGCGGGCAUUUUCGAGCCGGAGUGGUCCGGUUUCUGGGAGCCGCCCGUCACCAAGACGAACCCGACCAGUCCUAGUCGGGAUCGCGCGGACGCGGAGCCGGGGACGUACACACAGCUGAAUGUCAACCUGACGCACCCGAUCCGCCUGAGCCAGCUGGCCUUGGCCCACUGGUUGGGCGAGCAGAACAAGGCGAAGGCCGCUGCUGGGCAAGCCAGAGGCGUUCUCCUGCAUACGCCAAUGUGGACUGAGGACCCCGAGAAGAUUGCCAUGAAGCGAGAGACCGAUGACUUCGCGGAGCCUGAGGAGAUGGCCGAAGCGAUGCUCAAGUUGUGCGAGGAUCCGGAGUACGGCGACGGCACGAUCCUCGAGGUUACAAAGGGGGCGUUGCGUGUGGUGCCAGAGUAUAACGCUGCGCCACCAAGCGGGAGAGGACUGGCUUUGGCGGGCUAUCAGGAGAUGCAAGACAAGCUGGUGGAGAGGCUCAAGAGCGGAGGCUUCAAAGCCUGA